AUGCUCGCCCUCCAGUGCCCCGCACAGAACUACGCAUGGGGCCGGCCAGCCGAUAAGAGCGAGGUUGCUCAACUCGCGAAGGCGAAUGGCGUUGCCAUCGAUGACACCAAGCCCUUUGCCGAGCUCUGGAUGGGCACGCACCCCAGCGGGCCCGCGGUGAUCUCUGGCAGCGACACCACCCUGCGGGCGUGGCUGGAGCAGCACCCGGAGGCGUUGGGGGAGGCCGUGGCGGCGCGCUUUGGCGGCGAGCUCCCAUACCUGUUUAAGGUGCGCCUGAUGUGCUUCUUUUUAUAG